AUUUCGUACGGAUUAAAAUAUGGGACGGAGAGACAUCAUAGAUGUGGAAGCAUCUUAUGCUUAGGAUCAGGAUUCCCUGUCUCGACAAGGACUGCCUCUCGUUUGUUGGACUCGCAGGUUGCAGACGAAAAGACCAGUGCCACUUUGUGCUGCAAUCCCGACCAAUAUAAAUGAGCCUUUUCCUGUUUGAUGCCUUGACCAAGAUAGCAGAUCCACAGUCCCUGCCACUGGGUUGCCCAUGUGGAGGCUCGUCUUUUUUAUCGUAUCGAUUGCUGCUGCUGCGGAGGACUUCGUCCCCUUUUUAUUUUUCCAGCAAUCAUAGCCUCCGUACCCGCACCAUUUCCCUCAAUUGUUUUGAUGAAGAAAACGUGGGGCUCGUCGCAACGUCCAACCAACAGGCAGGUAGAAUUGCGAGUGACGCUUGUGAUGUAGGUGAAGUGUUUCGUAUUUUGUGUGAGGAUCGUGACGUGGGUCCAGAGAUCUAGUACGAAUGCGAACCGUUGGAUCAUAUUUGAACACGUCCAAAAGUCGCAUAGAUUUGAUUUCUCUCAUUGAGAGAAGGAAAGGUGCAACGAUCUUUUCUUGAUUCGAGAUUGGUCCCUUAAAGGAGCUGAAAGGCCAUAGGGAUCGCUGCUCCAUUCGUUUCCGGUGAAGGUUAUUUAGGAGAUCGACAUGUCAAUAAAAGAUAUAAUAGGGAAGAGUCACUUAGUGCUGCUGAUUCUGUGUGUAAUACGGAGAGGGAAGAAGGAUCGGCUGGCUGACUCAGCGGUCGCCAAGUCAUACAUACAUAUAUGCAGGAGGCUAAUUUGGUCAUUCACUGACGACGAAAUCAUCGUAUUCUAAUGCCGAAUCCCAAAACAUCCCAACCCUCCCUCCCGCCGCCGGACUCGUCGCAGCGGCUCCGCCUCCUUGCCUCCGCUCAUCGGACCUAUUCUUCUCGAUGAAUCUCUUCCAGAUAUGCUUAGUCAGUCGGACAGUUGGCCGACAUCGUGUUGUUGGUGGAACCAAUUUGAUUCAGUUUUCCUGUGCGAGGGCUACUUUGUUUGCCCUCGUGUUUAGGGUGCACCUGAGCACUGGAAGAGCCCCAUCAUCGUCUCCGCCGCCGCCUCCUACAGCAGCAGCACACCCACCGGCAGCAGCUCUAUCGUCUGCAGAAGUAUUCUCCCCAACCACCAACGACUCCACCAACCCACUCUCUUCUCUCCUCCCUCUCUCCCUCAAUCCCUUCAAUGCCACCGUCGACCUCAUUACCUCCCGACUCAAGCAGCAGCAGCAGCAGCAGCAACUAUAUGACGAUGAACUGGGCGGAGGAGGAAGAGAAUUACUGGAAGCCCAUCUCCUUCCUUUCCUACGCCCGCAGGAGGUCUCCCGCAUCCUACUCCGCUGCCAAUCCCUCCCCGUCGCCUCCCUCCGUUUCUUCCGAUGGACCCAAUCCCACGUCCUCCCUUCACCCCACAACUUUGCGCUCCUCGCCCACAUUCUCGCCUCCUCUGCCCAUUCCUCUCAGGCCCUCUGCAUCCUCUCGGACUUCGUCCGCACCUACAACCGCGUUGAUGACGCCUUCCAGGCCCUCCUCGCUGCCUCCGCCGCCUGCUGCAAUGGCCACCCUGCCGUCUUCGGUAUGCUGGUCAAUGUGUAUACCAAACUAGGAAGGACCUCGGACGCCCUCGAAACCUUCAGGAGGGCGAUCGAGUUGGGCCUCGCCCCUGAUGCUGAAGCCUUUAAUUGCCUCCUCAACUCUCUUGCCAAGUCCAGAAGCCUUGAUCUGUGCUGGGACUUGUACGGCGAGAUGCGGAGGAUCGGUAUCCCCUUGAACUCGUACACUUUCAACAUACUGAUACACGCCCUGUGCCGUGGCAGCAGCAAAGAGCGCAUCAGGGCUGAGGACUUCUUGGAGAAGAUGGAAUCGGAAGGGUUCGAUCCAGAUGCCAUCACUUACAAUACCCUUAUGGACGCGUACUGCCGGAGGGGCAUGUUGGAAGACGCAUUCCACCUUUACAGGAUCAUGCGUUACAGGGGUGUUGAACCCGAUCUGAUUUCGUACACGAUUCUGAUGAAUGGCCUUUGUAGAGAUGGUAAGGUCAUCCAGGCACGACAGCUGUUCGACACAAUGCUUCGCAGAGGCGUCUGCCCAGAUAGCCGUUCGUACAACGUUCUAUUAAAUGGAUACUGCAGGGAAGGCAAACUGAAGGAAUCGAAAUUACUGGUGCAAGAGAUGAUAUCAGGUGGCUUGAUGCCAGAUGACUUUGCUUGCAGCACGAUUGUUGAAGCACAUAUAAAGGGUGGGAAGCUGCUUCCUUGUUUGAACCUGAUUGCAUUGCUUCACAAAAUAGGGAUCAUUAUCUCUGUUGUUGUCUACAAGUGCCUCAUCAAUGCACUGUGCAUGGAAGGCAGGCCGAGUGCGGCAAGGAGUCUGUUGAAGCGAAUGCAGGUUGAUGGAUAUGAGCCUGACCUAGAGAUCUAUAAUUCACUUAUGGACUCAUUUUGUAAGUGUGAAUCUUUGGAGUCAGAGGCUCUUGCUUUAAAGAAUGAAAUGGUUGGCAAGGGCAUCAGACCGGACAUUGUUACAUAUCGAAUUCUCAUCAAAUGCCUAUGCAGAUCUGGCAAAACUUUUGAGAGUGAGAGCUUGAUGAAGGAAAUGAUCGAGUGGGAUAUUCAGCCUGACCCUGGCAUAUGUGCUGCCUUGGUUGGUGGCUGCUGUGAGAAAAGGGAUCUUGCUAAAGCAGAAUCACUUCUGGUGUACUUUGCUGAAAAGUUUCAGAUAUAUGAGAACAAUGGCUACAAUUCCCUGAUCCGGUUAUACUGUUAUGAGAGAGAGAUGUCUGAGACAAUCGAACUGCUGGAUAGGUUGCAGAAGCUAGGAUACAUUUCAAAUGGUGAAACAUGCAGAAGUUUGAUACAUGGACUGUCGAGAAGUAGGAACCAUCAUGGCAGUAUAUCAUCUUGACGCAAAAAUAUAAAGGUCCACAUGAAUUUCACCUGCCGGCUUUGGUGGAGAAGAUGAGUGACUGAUGCACCUGUUUUGGGGGUGGAAUGGACUAUUUCCAUCCAUCAUAAGAUCAGAACUUGGCAUGUUUCUUCAUCCUUUUAAAUCAGAUUGCUGAUGAUGAAGGCACAGACCAGAACACUGCCUGUGGAGAAUCUUGAAAGUAGUAAAGGACUUGGAGAUGUCGCUAAUGCUCAGAGUGAUGGAGUGAGCAAAACACUUGGCAAUUCAAUUUAUUAUUGAUAAGGUUCGGAACCCCUCGUCCAUGGCAAAUCGACGGAUGACUGUAAGCAGUAUGAUGAAAUAGGAUGUGUCAUUAUACAGUAUAAAAGUCAUAAGAUUAAGCAGUCAUUAUCGUGUUGCUUUUUAUACAGCAAUUGUACAGGAGCAUGUAUUACAGAUUUCUUUUUUACAACACAAGAUGUUGCUCUUUUUUA